UAUUACCACGCUAAAGGGAAGAAGAAGAAGAUGACGACGGUGGCUUCACCUUGUUUCUCUUUCCUCAUCAAGAUCUUGCUUUAUGUCUCUCUCCUUUGUCUUCUGUGCGUCGUCCAUGGAGCUGAUGAGAUCACCGUCCCAGUCAGCUCUCUUUUCCCUUCUCCCAACUGCAAAGCUUCAACUUCCAAUGUGAACUCCACCGUGAAGCUGGUUCAUAAGCACGGUCCGUGCUCCCCACUUUUCCAGGGCGAACCUGUGAACCACACGCAAUUACUGCUUGAAGACAUCGCCAGGGUGGAGUGGAUUGAAUCCAAGUACUCUGGCGCCGACGCCACCAACAGCCCAAAAGACUCAGCCGUCAGCCUCGAGGCCAAAUAUAGUCCUAACGCCGCAGGCUACUUCGUGACAAUAGGUGUUGGCACGCCAAAGCAGGACCUGACCCUCUUGUUUGAUACGGGAAGCGCGCUCACGUGGACCCAGUGCAAACCAUGUGCUGAGUCUUGCUCUGAGCCAAUCUUCGACCCCUCUCGGUCUUCAUCCUAUGCCAACAUCUCUUUCUCUGAUCCAUCUUGCCUUCUGCUUCGUUCUGGCACUGGUCAUAAACCUCUCCCCAGCGGUUCCACAUGCAGUUACAGGGCGACGUAUCUUAGCGGAGCCUACUCGGAAGGUUUCUUUGCAACAGAAACUCUGACGUUAUCACCAAUCGACGCAAUCACCCGCUUCAAGUUCGGGUGCGGUCAGAAAAGCGAAAAGAUCAAGGGAUUUGCUGGACUGUUGGGGCUCGCCCGCGACGAGAUUUCACUCUUCGGUCAAAGCGCGACCAAAUAUGGCCGGUCUUUCUCAUAUUGCCUCCCCCCUUCAUUGAGCUCCACCGGCUACUUAACCUUGGGCACGGGCAGCAGGACAUCCGCCUCGGUCAGCUUCACGCCAUUAAUAACGAUCCCAAGGAGGCCACUAUUCUACGGCAUCAAGAUAACAGGAAUCAGUGUCGGAGGCAAACAGCUCGAUAUAGAGGAGACCGUGUUCUCAACUGCUAACACUGUCAUUGACUCAGGAGCCACGUUCACGCGAUUGCCCACUAAAGCAUACGAUGCCCUGCGCUCAGCUUUCCGGCAGGGGAUGUUGAAAUACAAAAUGUCCGAUCCAACUCCUACCCUCGACACUUGCUAUGACUUGCGCGGAUCCACCAGCAUCACUAUCCCAAGGAUCAGAUUCUCCUUCAGCGGAUCAGUUGAGGUCGACUUGGACCCUCGCGGUGUGUUGUUUGGAACCAAUGAAAAAAUGUGCCUGGCGUUUGCACCGAGCCACCCCAACACGGAUCUCAGCAUCUACGGGAACGUACAGCAGAGAACAUUCGAGGUGGUGUACGAUGUGGCUGGAGGGCGGAUUGGUUUCCGCGCUAAAGGCUGUUCCUAAUCAUUGUCUUGGAGCUUCCAACACUAAAGGGGCAGAGGAAUUUGCCCGUUAUAAUGUACUUCAAAUAAUGUCCUAGACAGUUGAAUCGAGGCAUGUAACAUCUAUCGUUGCG